GCCCGCCGCCAUCAUCUCGGCUCGCCGCUGCCUGACAGUAGGCGGAAACCGCCGGGAACAGCCGGGUCUCCCCACGCUGCCCAAUGGGAGCCAGCCUUAUUGGCGCAUGGCGGGCGGCAGUGCCGGGGCAGGCCCGGUAACGGGACGUAGACUAGAGAACCAGCUGAGCGACGUAGCGCUGUACCAUGUUUCGCAAUGCCCUAAGAAAAACCUUACGAUUUCUUGGGUAUACUGUGCAAUAUGGCUGCAUAGCACACUGUGCCUUUGAGUACCUUGGAGGAAUUGUUGUGUGUUCUGGACCUUCAAUGGAACCAACAAUUCAAAAUUCUGAUAUUGUCUUUUCGGAGAACCUUAGCCGACACUUGUAUUCCAUUCGGAAAGGAGAUAUUGUAAUUGUGAAAAACCCGACUGACCCCAAAUCAAAUAUCUGUAAAAGAGUAAUUGGCUUGGAAGGGGAUAAAGUCUGCGCAAGCAACCCUUCAGAUUUCCUUAAGACUCACAGCUUUGUGCCUAAAGGACACGUUUGGUUGGAAGGUGAUAAUCUGAGGAAUUCUACAGACUCCAGGUGCUAUGGACCUGUUCCUUAUGGACUGAUAAGAGGACGCAUUUGUUUCAAGAUAUGGCCUCUGAAUGACUUUGGAUUUCUACGUGCGAGCCCCAAUGGCCAUAGAUUUCUUGAUGACUGAAAGAAUAACUAUUACCAGCUUGUGUAAUAUUUUCUACUGAAAUGAAUGGAAUUAUUUUUGUUUAGAAUAAACAAGUGUUACUUGGCAA